GUCACCCAUUCCCUCUAUCCAUUAUCUGACCCUCCCGCCACACGGUUCACACACAGCUCUCUACUCUCUUUCGUCCUCCUCCUCGACUGCACCCAGCAGCUCUCUAUGUCCGUUCACUCGCCACUCACGGCAAGCUAAGUACUGAAACUGAGUUGAGGUGAAGAUAGGAACGGCAAGCCAAUUUAGGUGCUGAUUAUGUUUUAAAAUUUUCAAGUCAACAUGACACCUGUGAUCCCAUGUUCCAUAAGCAGUGUUCCCCUCAUUCCUGGAGUAACCUUUACUAUCAAGAACACUUAUUUGACGAGAUGCAAUUUUUCAAACAAACCUAGAAAGCAUGAAGCAUCCUCACAUAGAUUUUCUCUACCUCUUUCAACUUCCCUUAGAUUGUUUCCACAAUACAGAAGAUGGUGUCCCUUAGACCAAAGAUAUGGAGCCAAUUUAUUAUCAGCCACAGGUACUGAUUUAGCUGUUGAGGAACCUGAUUCACCUGUGGCAGAUGAGGAUUCUAGUGGAACCUUGGAAAAUCCAUCAAAUGCAGCCGAAACAAGUGAGAAAUCCUCUACCAACUCAGAUGCUAGUCCGACAACAACUCAAUCGAAGCGAACAAGACCAGGUAGGAAAAGUGAAAUGCCACCUGUUAAGAAUGAGGAACUAGUUGUUGGUGCAACUUAUACUGGGAAAGUUCGAUCAAUCCAGCCAUUUGGUGCUUUUGUUGAUUUUGGAGCUUUCACAGAUGGGCUGGUACAUGUUUCCAGGUUGAGCAAUAGCUUUGUAAAAGAUGUUAGAAGUGUGGUUUCCAUUGGACAGGAGGUGAAGGUAAGAUUAGUUGAAGUGAACAUGGAGACUGGGCGUAUAUCACUUACCAUGCGUGAGAGUGAUGAUUCCAGCAAGGUCCAACAGCGGAAAGACGGUCCUGCUAAUAGCGAUAAGCAAAGGCCUACAAGAAGGAACACUUCAAAGUCCAGUCAGAGAAGGGAGGAGGUAAAAAGCUCCAAGUUUGUCAAGUGGCAGGACCUAGAGGGGACAGUGAAAAAUUUAACCAGAUCUGGUGCUUUUAUAUCCCUGCCCGAAGGGGAGGAAGGAUUCCUGCCUGCAUCAGAGGAGUCUGAUGAUGGACUUGGAAGCAUGAUGGGAGGUUCUUCACUGCAAGUUGGACAAGAAGUCAGUGUCCGAGUGCUACGCAUCACUAGGGGACAAGUAACAUUGACAAUGAAGAAAGGAGAAGGUGACGAGAAAUUUGAUGCACAGUUUAGCCAGGGGGUUGUCCAUGCUGCUACAAAUCCCUUUUUGUUGGCCUUCCGGAAGAACGAGGACGUUGCUGCUUUUCUGGAUGAGAGGGAGAAGGUGGCCAGAAAACCAGCAGACACAAGCACUUCAGGAGAAGCUGAUGCUGGCACCAGUACUCCUGAAGUGAAGGACCAACCAUUGACCAUCAACGAGCAAGUGGUUGGUGAAUCGUCUGCUGUGGAUGAAAUCGUAGAAGAAGAUGAAGCUUCUUCAGAGGAGAUAGAUGCUGCCAUCCAAACCAUGGAGAAAGAGACAGAGGAGAAUUCAGAAACUUCAGUUGCUGAUGUGAAUCUAUCUACUGAGAAUCAGUUAGUAGAGGUAGUAGAAGGUGAUGGAUUGCCCGAUUCAUCCCAAGGAACAGAUAGCCAGGUUCUCUCUGCAGAAACUCCUAAAAGCAAUGAACUUACAGAAAAUCAAGUUGAUGAUAUUGUAGUAAAAGAUGAGGUGCAAGUAGAGACAGGUACUACAGAUGAUAAAACUAUUCCUGAGGCACGGGUUGAAGAAGAAGUAGGAGCUAUCUCAGACAAAAAUGAGAAUGUUACCAGUUCAGUGGUCCAAUCAGAUAUUGCUUCUUCACAGGAAGUGACAAGUGAUGGAAUAUCUGAUCCAUCUCCAGACUCGGCUGAUGAUCAACUUUCACCUUCAGAAAGUCAGGUGGUUGAAGAAGCUGCAGAGACUCAAAAUAACAAUAUUGAGGACAAAGCAGAGUUGCAGUAUGGCUUAGACUUUGUAAAGGCAAGAGGUACUCCGCAUCCCUCACAAUGGAUUCCGUUUGUGCAAACAACAUAG